GCCACGUGGCCCUUCCAACCCGGUCCUUCUAAGCUUGGGGCCACAGGGCCCCGGGUGAGCAGGUUUGCAGUGGCUGCGGUGGUGGGGUGCGUAGCCUGGACAGGUGGGAGAGGAAGAGUGGACUUGGGCAAGGCAGGGUACGUGAGAUACUCUGCGCUCCCCUUGCAGUCCUCUUGUUCCCUCUAAUACAGCGCGCUCUGUAUCCCGACUCUGAGCUCUUGCUCACAUCCCGGAUCGGGGACGGAGAGGGGCGCUGUGUCCCGGUGUCCAAGCUUACUCUUGUGCAAGAAGGGAGUGUCUUGUCUAAACCAGAAAAGCGAGCAGCACAUUAAAGGUAAAUUGGAUUUAAGUGAGGCAGAGCUGUGUAAAGUAGUCAGCCUUACUCUGUCCUCCAGAGACAUCCAGAAGCCCAGUGGCAAGACCAAAUUAAGAUGACUGCAGGACCCAGGAUGCCGUGGGUGACCUUGGCCUUUCUAAAUUAAGGUCUUUCCCAGUCUCAGUUUGUCUGAAGCAAUGCCCAUUCAACGACUAAGGGCUUCUAGAGGUGUCCAAUUAAAAUGAAUUCAAUUCAGAGACUUUUGGCGUCCUAUCUAAGGAAAAGGAAGAUGCCACUAAGGUUUCAGAGUAACGAUCGGCCGACCGUGCCUCUUGGAUCACGGAUUUUAACAGACCCUGCCAAAGUUUACGAACACAACAUGUGGGACCACAUGGAAUGGUCAAUAGAAGAAGAAGCAACAGCUAGAGAAAAAACAACCGAAAACUCAUCUAUAAAAGUGCAGCUGGAAGACCAAGUCAAAUAUGAAAGUCAAGCCAGUAAAUAUUGGAAUAAUUUUUACAAGAUUCAUAAGAAUAAAUUUUUCAAGGAUCGUAAUUGGCUGUUGAGGGAAUUUCCUGAAAUUCUUCCAGUUGGACUACAGACUAGAGAAGAAAAGGAAAAAAUGUCUUGGGACCAUGUAAAAACUAAUGCUACAGACUCUUUCUCAAAAAUAGACUGCCCGGCCAUGCCUAAUGGAGUGGAGUCUUGUAAAAAUGAUUCUGUUGGUGAUUUUGCCUACAGCCAGAGCGAAAUGAGGUCUGGUGACAGCCAGCAUCCCAAAAAGAAGAGAAGAGAGGCUGCAAAGACCAGUUUGUUCCCUGGCAGCCAUGCCGCUUUCAGGAUCCUAGAGGUUGGCUGUGGUGCUGGAAAUAGUGUUUUCCCCAUUCUGAAUGCUAUGAAGAAUGCUCCAGAGACCUUUCUUUACUGCUGUGAUUUUGCUUCUGGAGCAGUGGAGCUAGUAAAGUCCCACUCAUCUUACAGCCCGGCCCAGUGUGCUGCCUUUGUUCAUGAUGUAUGUGAUGAUGGCUUACCCUACCCUUUCCCAGAUGGGAUCCUGGAUGUUAUUCUCCUAGUCUUUGUGCUCUCUUCUAUUCAUCCUGACAGGAUGCAAGGCGUUGUAAACAGAUUGUCCAAAUUACUGAAACCUGGAGGAAUGUUGUUAUUUCGGGACCAUGGAAGAUAUGAUCUCACUCAACUUCGUUUCAAAAAAGGAUGCUGCUUGUCUGAAAACUUUUAUGUUCGAGGAGAUGGUACAAGGGCAUAUUUCUUUACAAAAGGGGAAGUCCACAAUAUGUUCCAUCAGGCUGGGUUAGAUGAAAAGCAGAACCUGGUUGACCGGCGUUUGCAAGUUAAUAGGAAAGAAAAAGUGAAAAUGCAUCGAGUGUGGGUACAGGGCAAGUUUCAGAAACCAUUGCAUUCAUUUCAUCAUAAUGACCCUGACAAUCUCAUUCCUGGUGUUUCUGCUGGUUGAGAGCAUACUUUCUCUCUGUAUGAAUCAAGAUCACCCCAUGCAAAGAUCUCUUCAAAAAUUAUUCCUGAAAGAGCAAUUAGAAGCUAGAACUGAAUAUCUAUGUCUGGCUCUUUUAUAAUGGGUGAGGCCUUCCAUUAGGCUUACACACAUACACGUAUUAGGUGAUAUGGAAGGACCCACUAUAUUUGACAUUUUUUAAAAAAUCAAUAAAUGUGA